GAGGGAGGAGGAAGGUAAAAGCCGUCGAAGAGUCACCAUCGUCAUCUCCUCUCUUAAUUCCCUGUUUCACCAGUUCUUUCAAAAGUCCUCUCUUUUUUCCAUUCUCUAUUAUCUGACUCUCUCUUUCGUGAUCUUAUCGCUUCACUUUAUUAUUCUCUAUAUUUGCUGCGCUCUCUUAAUUCUCUUGUUGAAGUCAGCAAUGUUAUGAUGCCUUGAAAAUUAUUCUUGUCAUGGUUUUUCUUAGUUUUGGAAAGGAACAAAAAAAAAAAAAAAGAACUAUAUCUUUUUGAUCUUUUCCCUGGGUUUUGAAUAAUUGAUAUUUGAAAUAUCUACGGAGACCCAUAUCCGGCAAUUUUAUAGAUGGGCAUAUAUCUGAGCUCCCCAAAAACUGAGAAAUCCUCAGAAGAUGGUGAGAAUGAAAAGCUACGAUAUGGUUUAUCAUCCAUGCAAGGAUGGCGUGCAACCAUGGAAGAUGCUCAUGCUGCACUUCCUGAUCUGGAUGGUUCCACUUCAUUCUUUGGUGUUUAUGAUGGCCAUGGAGGGAAGGUAGUAGCAAAAUUCUGUGCAAAGUACCUUCAUCAGCAGGUUCUCAAGAAUGAAGUAUAUUCGGCUGGAGAUAUAGAGACAUCUGUUGAGAAAUCAUUUUUCAGAAUGGAUGAGAUGAUGCGUGGGCAAAGAGGAUGGCGGGAAUUGGCUGUUUUGGGAGAUAAAAUUAACAAGUUUACGGGCAUGAUAGAAGGGCUAAUAUGGUCUCCUAGGAGUGCUGAUGGAAAUGACCAACGUGAUGACUGGGGUUUUGAAGAGGGUCCUCACUCCGAUUUUUCUGGACCAACCUCUGGGAGCACUGCCUGUGUCGCAAUUAUUAGAAAUAACCAACUUGUUGUUGCAAAUGCCGGUGAUUCUCGUUGUGUGAUAUCUCGAAAGGGUCAGACGUUGAAAAUAGACGGAAGAGUACUUGUACACCAUGUCAAUGUGAAGAGACACUCAAUUUUGUGCAUUGAUGUGUCUAAUUUCCUUCAUGCAUACAAUCUAUCUAGGGAUCAUAAACCCGAUCUUGAGGCUGAGAAGGAAAGAAUUUUAAAAGCUGGUGGCUUCAUACAUGCAGGACGAGUAAAUGGAAGUUUAAAUCUCGCAAGAGCAAUAGGUGACAUGGAGUUCAAGCAGAAUAAAUUUUUGCCUGUUGAAAAGCAAAUUGUAACUGCGUAUCCUGAUGUAAACACGGUUGAUCUUUGUGACGAUGACAAUUUCAUUGUGCUAGCAUGUGAUGGAAUCUGGGACUGCAUGUCAAGCCAACAACUAGUGGAUUUUAUUCAUGAACAGCUAAAGACGGAAAGCAAGCUCUCUGUUGUAUGUGAGAGAGUACUCGACAGGUGUUUGGCACCAUCAACUGCCAGUGGCGAGGGGUGUGACAACAUGACCAUGAUCUUGGUGCAAUUUAAGAAACCCUUGGGUACAACUAGUAAUGCAUCUGCGGACGAGCAAUCGUCAGAAUCUAAGCCAGCUGAUGCUCCUGAAGGAAGUGAAUCAACAGCUUCUACACACAAUUGAGUUGCCUUCUGAUAACAAAAAUCACAAAGGCGCUAGUUCCGCCACCCGCUUUGCCUUGAUAAUCCAGGUUCAGAGACGUAUAUGUAGAUGUUUUAACACGAGUUUUUUUUUUUGUGCUGCCGGGCAUGUUUUAGGUAUGAUUACCAAGUUAAUAUGAUAAAAAGAUGUACAGUGUGUUUGUUUGGACAUCACCCUACCAUGGCAAGCUUCCUUGUUGGUAUGGGCAUUUGGAGACAGAAUGCUUGUGCACUUUUGGUUACAAAAUGGUCUCAGUUUUAUGGUCUGCCAUGUAUUUUUUUUUAUAAUGGGAAGGAUAAUAUUUCUUAGUUUUUGUUGA